CUCCCUGUUCAGUAGUAUGCAGCAUUUGAACGGAGGCAGACAGGAGGAGAUGAGUAACCGGUCAGAAAUGACUUAACAAUAAAUAUGAGGAGUAAGCUGACAAACUGAAAACCGGAAUAUUAAACCUCUGGAUUUUUCCGCACUGGAUAUUUUCUUUUCUGUAGUCGUGUUGGAGGAAUAUUUCCCUUUAACGUUAGAGUCUCCUGUUUGAGCCAGGAUCUUUUUUUUUUUUUUUGCCAGUAACGGUCCUUUUUCCUGAGUAAACCGCUAGCAUAAAACCAUACCUGGCGUAGGUCUCAUGCAGUCUCUGUUCACCCGCCUCUGUAGACAGGUCGCUAAAUUAGAUCACAUUUUUUAAUUAAAAAAAAUGUGAUUUCUUGUCCUUUCCAUGAGGUAGCCAAACCCCGUCGUUGGCAUCUGAAACAGCUGGGUCGUGUCGAGAAGAUUGUGGAUUAACGUCUCUUUUUUUUUUCUUCCUCUUAGAAACCUCGGACGUGUUUCACUGGCCUUUAGCCAAAAUGAGCGUCGAUUUAAUUGAAUCAGCUACAUGAGUGGAGUCUAAACAAACAUACAUUUCUCCCAAGGAGUGCAUAUUUUUUUCCAUAUCUGCUGAAAUAAACGGCGCCAGUUGCCCUGGAAAAUAUGGAAAGCGAGGUUUUCACCCCUUUGCUGGAGCAGUUUAUGCUCACGCCUCUGGUCUGCUGGGUGAAGACAGUCGGGCAGCCGACAGUGACCGAUGGCACCAAAUUAUCGGAAUAUGUUGAAUUAGUGGAUGGGAUUUACCUGAACGAGAUAAUGCUUGAGAUAAACCCUAAGGCCACAGUGCAGAGGACCAACAAGAAAGUGAACAAUGACCCCACACUGCGCAUCCAGAACCUUUCUAUUCUCAUCAGGCAGAUAAAAGCCUAUUAUCAGGAGAGUCUCCAGCAACUGGUAAUGAUGCCUUUACCAAAUGUCCUGGUACUGGGCCGAAACCCUCUCUCUGAGCAAGGUCUGGAAGAGAUGAAGAAACUAUUGCUGCUGCUACUAGGCUGUGCUGUUCAGUGCGAGAAGAAGGAAGACUACAUUGAGCGUAUCCAGAUCUUGGACUUUGACAGCAAAGCUGCCAUAGCAUCCCACAUCCAAGAGGUGACUCAUAAUCAGGAGAACGUAGUGGACCUGCAGUGGUUGGAAAGUGGGGAAAUGCCUCCUGAGGAUCUGGACAACCUCUCCAGAAACCUGGCUUUCCACCUCAAACGCUUGGUGGAUGAAAGGGACACACAGCUGGAGACUAUAGUGGAGUUAACCCAGGAGAGAGACUGUGUGCAGUUGUCUCCACUGGCUCCCUGUCCAACACAGUCCCCUGGUGACUCCCCCAGCAUGAGGAGGACUGAAAGCCGACAACAUCUCUCUGUGGAAUUGGCUGAUGCCAAGGCCAGGAUCCGGCGCCUGCGACAGGAACUAGAGGAGAAGAGUGAGCAGCUUUUGGACACCAGACAGGAGCUUGAGAACAUGGAGGUGGAGCUCAAGAGGCUUCAGCAAGAGAGCUACCAGCUGCUGUCAGACGCCCGGUCGGCUCGGGCCUACCGUGACGAGCUGGACGCACUCAGAGAGAAAGCGAUCCGUGUCGACAAACUGGAGAGCGAGCUGAGCCGAUACAAGGAGAGACUCCACGACAUUGAGUUUUACAAGGCCAGAGUCGAGGAGCUGAAGGAGGACAACCAGAUCCUGCUGGAGACUAAGACCAUGCUGGAGGAACAGCUGGAUGCUAGCAGGACCCGGUCUGACAAACUGCACCUCCUAGAAAAAGAGAAUUUGCAGCUCAAAUCCAAGAUCCACGACCUGGAGAUGGAGCGGGACAUGGACCGUAAGCGUAUGGAGGAGCUGUUGGAAGAGAACCUCGUGCUUGAGAUGGCCCAGAAACAGAGCAUGGAUGAGUCUCUGCACCUGGGCUGGGAGUUGGAGCAACUAUCCAAGACACCGGAGCUGACUGAAGCCCCUCAGAAGUCUCUGGGUGAGGAGGUGAAUGAGCUGACCUCGAGCCGCCUGUUGAAGUUGGAGAAAGACAACCAGAGCUUGCUGAAGACUGUGGAGGAACUAAGAGGAGCAGCCAGUCAGGACACCUUCGGGAAACUGUCUAAAGUCAACCACGAAAACCAGAGACUGAACCAGAAAUUGGAGCUGCUGCAGACUGAGCUGACAGCAGACAGAGAGUCGCUCCGCAGCGCCGAGUCGCUCAGCACUGACCUGAUGAAGGAGAAGGCUUUACUGGAGAAGACUCUCGAAACACUUAGAGAAAACUCUGAGAGACAGCUGAAGGGUCUGGAGCAGGAGAACAAGCACCUGGGCCAGACGGUGUCGUCUCUGCGUCAGCGCUGCCAGGUUGGUGCUGAGGCCCGGGUCAAGGAUGUGGAGAAAGAGAAUCGUGUUCUCCACGAGUCCAUCUGCGAGACAACUGCCAAACUCAAUAAGAUGGAGUUUGAAAGGAAACAACUACGUAAGGAACUUGAAGUGAUGAAGGAGAAAGGUGAGAGAGCAGAGGAGCUGGAGAUUCAUAUGCAGAAGCUGGAGAGGGACAAUGAGAGCCUGCAGAAGAAAGUUGCCAGUCUUGGAAUCACCUGUGAAAAGGUGUCUUCUUUGGAGAAGGAGAACACAGAGCUGGAGGCAGAGGGCCGUCGUCUGAAGAAGAAGCUGGAUGCUCUAAAGAACAUGGCCUUCCAGCUGGAGGCUCUGGAAAAGGAAAACUCCCAGCUGGAGCAGGAGAACCUGGAGAUUCGGCGCUCGGCUGAGAGCCUCCGGUCGGCCGGGGCGAAGGCUGCCCAGCUGGAAGCUGAGAACAGGGAGCUGGAGAGUGAGAGGAGCCAGAUGAAGCGCAGCCUGGAACUGCUCAAAGCCUCGUCCAAGAAGACGGAACGAUUAGAGGUGAGUUACCAGGGCCUAGAUACAGAGAACCAGCGCCUGCAGAAGGCUUUAGAGAACAGCAGCAAGAAGAUCCAGCAGUUGGAGGCAGAGCUGCAGGAGGUGGAGACUGAGAAUCAAACCCUCCAACGCAACCUUGAGGAGCUCAAGAUUUCCAGUAAACGCCUGGAGCAGCUGGAGCAGGAGAACAAGAGUCUGGAGCAGGAAAGUUCCCAGCUGGAGAAAGACAAGAAGCUUCUGGAGAAGGAAAACAAGCGGCUGAGGCAGCAGGCUGAGAUCCGCGACUCCAAGCUGGAUGACAGCAACCAGCGGAUCUCCACCUUGGAGAAAGAGAAUCGAACCAUGGGCAAGGAGAUGAUCUUCUUCAGGGACUCCUGCACUAGAGUCAAAGACCUAGAGCGAGAGAACAAGGAACUGGUCAAACAGGGCAGCAUCGAUAAGAAGACGCUCAUCACACUCAGAGAGGAGCUUGUGAGUGAGAAGCUGCGGACUCAGCAGAUGAAUAACGAUCUGGAGAAACUGACCCAUGAGUUGGAGAAGAUUGGACUCAACAAGGAAAGGCUGCUCCAUGACGAGAGCUCAGAUGACAGGUUUAAGCUCCUGGAAACGAAACUGGAGUCGACUCUGAAAUCAUCUCUGGAGAUUAAAGAGGAGAAGAUCGCCGCCCUAGAGGCCAGACUGCAGGAGUCCUCAAAUCUCAACCAGCAACUUCGCCAGGAACUCAAGACAGUGAAGAAAAACUAUGAAGCACUGCGUCAAAGGGAGGAGGAGGAGAGGAUGGUGCAGAGCUCGCCCCCUAGAGGGGGGGAGGACCCUCAGUCUGUCAGUAAAUGGGAGAAAGAGAGCCAUGAAGCCACCAGGGAACUGCUGAAAGUCAAAGACAGACUCAUUGAAGUGGAGAGAAAUAAUGCCACACUGCAGGCUGAGAAGGCGGCCCUGAGGAGCCAGCUCAAACAACUGGAAACUCAAAGCUCCAACCUUCAGGCUCAGAUAGUGGCAGUGCAGAGACAGACUGCCUCCUUACAGGAGAACAACACGACACUACAGACACAGAACGCCAAGCUGCAGGUGGAGAACUCUACCCUGAGCUCGCAGAGUGCAGCCCUCAUGGCCCAGAAUGCCCAGCUGCAGAGUCAGCAGAGCAGCGUGGAGGGCGAGCGCGAGGGAGCACUGAGGGAGAAAGAGGAGCUGAGGGCCACCUACGAGCUGCUCCUCCGCGACCACGAGAAGCUUGCGGCGCUCCAUGAAAGACAGGCAGCCGAGUAUGAAGCUCUGAUCGGAAAGCACGGGGGCCUGAAGAGCUCCCACAAGAGCCUGGAACAGCAGCACAGGGACUUGGAAGACAAGUACAAGCAACUCCUGCAGAGGAAGGGGGAGCUGGAGGACCUGGAGAAAAAUCUGAAAGACCAGCAGGAAAAGAUGGCACUGGAGAACCAAACACACCAAGCUACAGCUGACCAGUGCAAACUGCUCAAAGAGGAAAACGAUAGACUUAAUACUACCUAUCGACAGCUGGUGAAGGACAACGAGAAUCUCCAGCUGGACCAUAAGAACAUGAAGAGCCAGUUAAACAGCGCCAAGCUGGAUCAGACCAAGCUGGAGGCCGAGUUCUCUAAACUGAAGGAGCAGUACCAGCAGCUGGACAUCACCUCCACCAAGCUCACCAACCAGUGUGAAUUGUUGAGCCAGCUGAAAGGAAAUCUGGAGGAGGAGAAUCGUCACCUGUUGGACCAGAUCCAGACUCUGAUGUUACAGAAUCGCACACUGCUGGAGCAGACCAUGGAGAGCAAAGACCUGUUCCACGUAGAGCAAAGACAAUACAUAGACAAGCUUAAUGAGCUGAGAAGACAGAAGGAGAAGCUGGAGGAGAAGAUCAUGGACCAGUACAAGUUCUAUGACCCCUCACCUCCACGCAGGCGUGGCAACUGGAUCACUCUGAAGAUGAAGAAGCUGAUCAAGCCUAAGAGCCGGGAGAGGAUGCGUUCUCUCACGCUGACUCCGUCUCGUUCAGAGUAUGGUGACGCUUUCCUGACCUUUCCCCACGACAGCCAGGACAACUCGUCCAUAGGCUCCGGCUCCAACUCGCUGGACGACACACUCACACAAAAGAGGAGCAGCAGGAGGAGAGGGCAGCAGUCCCAUGCCCAUGCCCAUGGGCAGGGUUCCAGCAAUGCUAUAAAAAGGUUGCCUUUCAUGAGGAACAGAUCCAAGGACAAAGACAAGGCCAAAGCCAUCUACCGGCGCUCCAUGUCCAUGAAUGACCUGCUUCAGACCAUGGCAGUGGCAGGUGGUCCUGGGGCUCAAUGGGCGUGCAGCAUCGAGAAUCUAGACGGCGCUGAGGCUGGAGAUGCCGGCAUGACGGGCAGCAGCAGGCGCAGCGGGCAGCGUAUGAAGGAGCUCGCCUUGUCCACCAAUGCUAUUGACUGUGCUGCCCUCACCCUGCCCACAGCAGGGCACAGCAGAGCCAAGCUUCGGCUUCAGGUCAAAGAUAAUGCCUCCUGUGAGGAUGUUGCCGGCUCCUCAGAUGACCCUAAGAGUCAAGGCCUGCAGGUGUAUAGCAGUGCUUUGGCUCUGUAUCCUUCCCCUGUAGAGCUGAGCAUUAUGUGCAGACUGCCCUGUAGCAUCUGUACCACCAGACCCUCCAGUCUCCAUAGCAACAGGAUCAUCAGUAGUAAUAGUAACAAUAACUCCCACCUCACUUCUCCUCUGGAGGGCAAAGGCACGUUGAAUGGCAGCCUCAGCAGGCCUCACAGCGAGAGCAGCGGAGAGUUCAGCCUGAGCCUAGACCAGGAGGUGUGGUCCAGCAGCGGCAGCAGCCCUGUUCAGCAGCCCACCUCUUCGCGCUCCUCCCACCAGAGCCCCCUGCAGCUGCGCAGGUCGCUCGACCCGUCUGCUGCCGCAGGCAGCCCAGGCCAGACCCAGAUCAGGAAGACGGGAUCCCCAGGCAGUGAGGUGCUUUCCCUGCAGCAGUUCCUGGAUGAGGGUAUUGAUCCUGCAGAGUCUGGCAGUCAGGAGAACCUCACUGUAGACUCUCCUCGCCUCCCCACUUCAUCUGAGCAUGUGCAGAAAGAACGCACUUCGACAAAGGGCCGAGGCAUAUUGCGCUCAUCCAGCGGGAAAGCAACACUGGUCAGCUCCGACCGCCCACCGAGAUCCUCGGGUCAACCGGGACGCCCGACCCUGCGGAAGGCGGAGAGCACCCGUGUGAAAGGCUCCGUCCCGGUCCGCUCCAGCCUGUCCUCGCAGGGCAAGGCCACAUCCGUCUCCGAACGACUGGAUUCAGCUUCCGCCACGCUGCCCCGGGCCAGUAGCGUCAUCUCCACGGCCGAAGGCACCACGCGGCGCACCAGCAUCCACGACCUGCUCUCGAAGGACAACCGGCAGCCCGUGUCGGUCGACGCCUCUCCUCCCGUUGCGUCCACCAAGGCUGGGGUACGCUCCCAGCCUACACCCAGUGAGUACCACCCCAACAGCACCAACCUAAAGGGAUCCCUUAUCACCACCACCCCAUUGCCCAAGUCACUCAGCUUGCCUUGCCAUAGCUUGGAGGACCCCGACCUCUCCACCCUCGAGUCUUUCCUUGGCCCUUCCUUCACUGUAGAGUCGGUGUUCAUGGACUCCAUUUUUAGUGAGUCAGCGGGCAAAAACCUUCCAUUCCUGUCUCUAAACCCCACCCUAGUCAGCAAUAUCAGUGGGCCACCUGUUACAAAUAAAACCCCCUCAGCUGCACCUAUCCCAAACCACAUUUCCACCCAAAACCAGACCCCACACAGCCAAUCAAACGGCCAGAUGAGAUCCAGCCCAGCCAGUGUAAAAGAGUAUAAUGAGGGCGUCGACCCCAAUCGUGUGAAUAAUUCGGACCAGUCACUGAGCCCAGAGGACAACCAGUCUCUGUGGUAUGAGUACGGGUGUGUGUGAAUGACAGGGAGGUUCUGGCUUGCUGAUCUUAAUACAAGACUUGACUUAAAGAGUGACGAAUGAAAGGAAGGAUAAAUGACAAAUCCUCCUCUGCAUGUAUUUAUCAGAGCACUGUCUAUCUCUGUGUGGUGUAUUUCAUGCUUUUCUGUUUGCCAUGGUGCUGAUUGGUGAUUUGCUGUUUUGUUUUGUUUUUUUUUUUUUUUUUUUUUUUUUGUCACCUCCUGUUCUGACCUUUUUUCUGUCCCGUUCUGUUCUCUAAGGUUGGACUUUGAUAACUGUUCUUCCGUCCAGCAGCCUUUACCAUAUUAUUGUUUCCUCAUCAAAUCUGUUUCACUGGCUAACACUAUACUAUUAUCUGCUGUUGUGGAUUUGUACAGCACAGUUAAGGCUUAGGAUUUCUGUUUCUAGCCUCAAUAACAAAGUAGCUAUGAGCAGAAAAGUUAGAGAUUCAGCCAUAAAAAGCAGCAGAAAAUCUGUCGGAUAUAAACUGUGUCUGAUAAGGCAGGUGGGACAGAUCUCAUAGUAGCAAUUUCUUCAAAUCAAAGUCUUUCAAUGUGUCAGAUAAUAGAUUCACUUGUUGUUUAUCAUGAUGCUUUAGUGUACGGGAGAGUCUUUUUCACUUCUUUUAACUUAGUUGCAUUAUCCACUAAACUGCAUGGCUUUGUUCUGUCUCAGUUCAACCUGAAACACUCAUUUUGAUUUCUGCGAUCAAAAUGUUUAUGUUUAUCCUCUUUUUGUUUCUAUUGACAAUGUGUAUUAUGUUUGUUUUCAUACAUUUGACACCUUUUUUCUGUAAUUUUAUUUUACAUAUAAUAACUGGAGCAUUUGCUCUUUGGAUGAUGGGUUUUGACCUGAUGGACUUCUUGGGUUGGUGACAAAAUGAUGUAGCUUCAUUCCCAGAAUGAUCUGAGGGGAGGAUUUAGUUGGUUAAGUGAAAGUUGACUGAAGGAAGUAAAAUAUGACCAGAGUGAUUAAUAGUUUUAGGUAGUUUGUGAUAGUUAUGGAAACAGGGAGUCAGUAUCGUAAGUUGAGAAUAGUUUGCAGUGGUCAGAUUGUUUUGUAAAUGAAGCUAACGUCAUUUCUUUUGGUAUCUGUAAACUUUUAUUUACCCAUCCUGACACACCACAUCUUGAGAAUGGAUAAUAUUUGAUUAUGUAUUUUAGAUUGACAAGAUCUUGUACAGAUUGUUGUAAUCAUUAAGUUAUAAUCAAAGACGAGCACUGCUUUUUGUGCCAAUACUAGUAGAACUGUCUGCAUCUAGAUCCUUAUUUAUUUCUGCUUUUGUAUUCUGUAGUUGCUCUUUGAAGUUGCUUUAUUGUAUUUAUCUUGAUCUACAGUUUAUGCAGGUAUAAAGUAAAUGAAAAUGUUCUUGUCACUGUCUACAGAUGUAACAUAAACAUUGCC